UGUGUCCCACGAGAGCAGCGCCCGGUGCAUGGCUGGCCUCUUCAUCUCAAACCUGCAGAGUCACCUUCUGGAUGAGGACUGUGCUAUCCCAGGUCUCCCCUUGAUGCUGUACACGUGGGCGGGCGGGGGCACACUCUGCGGUGUGGCUGCCCUGGUGCUGCUCAUCGUUUCCACGGCGACCGACUUCUGGAUGCAGUACCGUUACUCGGGCAACUCGGCCAACCAGGGACUGUGGAGGUUCUGCAUCAACAACAAGUGCCAUGCUCACACUCUCACUGUGGCUUUCUGGGACGCCACGCGUGCGUUCAUGCUGCUGUCCAUCCUGAGCUGCUUUGCUGGAGUGGUGCUCGGCCUCAGCGCCUUCGCCAACGGAGCCAAGAGCAGGAGGGUGCGCACCGGAGGCAUCGCCCUGCUGCUGUCAGGUUUUCUUGCACUGCUCGCCUUGGCAAUCUACACGGGGGUGACAGUCAACUUCUUUGGCAAGCGCUACAUCGACUGGCGAUUCUCCUGGUCCUACAUCCUGGGCUGGCUGGGCAUCAUCCUCGCCUUCACCGCUGGUGGGUUUCAGCUCUGUGCCUAUCAGCGGAAUACAGCAGAACCUCCACCACCAGACCUGUCAGACAGCUGAGCGUGCGUGCGCACACACACACACACACACACACACACACACACACACACACACACACUGUAAUGAGAGAGGUCAGCGACUCCCAACCCUUCACCUUGUGAGGAGACUGCUGUCCGCACACUGAAACGCCACUGGCUCGGUGUAGCGGGGGCCAGGCGCCACGACUGUACAUGUGCAAGCAUGAAAAACUAAAAACAUUAAAAAUAUAAAAAA